AUGCUGAGCCGUUGGGAGCGGGCGGCGCGAGGCUGGGCUCGGGCUCGGGCUCGGGCUCGGGCUCCGGCCCCCAUCCAGGCCCCGGGGGGUCCCGGGCCCCACUGUCGAGGGCUCGGCGCCCGGGGGCUGUGCGGCGCCGGGCGCAGCGUCAGGAUCGCCUGCGCCUCGGGCUUCUGGGGGGACACGGCCACCUCAGUUCCACAGUUGGUGUUUGAUGGGAACCUGGAUUUCCUGGUCUUUGAUUACCUGUCUGAGAUCACCAUGUCGCUGCUCACUGCAGCAAAAGCCAAAUCACCUGAUCAUGGCUAUGCACCUGAUUUUGUGCAGGUUGCGAUGGCCCCGUUUAUCAAAGAUAUUCACAAAAGAGGUAUCCGGGUGGUUAGCAAUGCCGGUGGUGUGAACCCACACGCGUGUGCUGCUGCUCUGCAGGAGGUAGUUAAGAAAGCAGACGUGGACUUGAAGAUUGCAGUUGUGACAGGAGAUGAUCUAAUGCCGCAGAGAGAUUUGCUGAAAGAAGCGGACACCAGAGACAUGGAGAGUGGACAACCUUUCCCUGCCAGCCUCCACAGCAUGAAUGCAUAUCUAGGGGCAGGGCCGAUCAGCAGAGCUCUCGAUCUGGGAGCUGAUAUUGUUGUGACCGGCCGAUGCGUGGACAGUGGUGUUGUUCUCGGGCCACUCAUCCAUACGUUUGGCUGGAAACAGAAUGAGUUUGACCUCCUGGCUGCUGGAAGCCUUGCCGGCCACCUGAUUGAAUGUGGAGCCCAGUGUACAGGGGGAAUAUUCACAGAUUGGCACAGAGUCCCUGACUGGGAUAACAUUGGCUUUCCUGUGGUUCAAUGUUCCUCUGAUGGAAGUUUCAUACUCACUAAGCCACCUAAAACUGGAGGCCUCGUGUCUUUUGGUACCGUAGCAGAGCAGCUGGUGUAUGAAAUAGGUGAUCCCCAGCGUUACCAAUUGCCUGAUGUCGUCUGCGAUUUCUCCCAGGUUACUAUCUCUGAAAUCCCAGACAUGGAAGACAGGGCAGUGCGGGUCCAGGGAGCAAAGGGAUCGCCUCCAUCUGACCACUACAAGGUUUGUGCUACUUACUUUGAUGGUUACAGAGCCACAGCCGUCUGCUCAGUGGGAGGGCCCCGAUCUGUGGAGAAAGGAAAACGGACUGCUGAGAGCAUUUUAAAACGGACUCGACGCAUGUUCAAGCAAUUUGGUUUGGGUGACUUUAAGUCGGUGAACGUAGAGGUUCUGGGAUCUGGUGAAACCUACGGGGGAGAGCGAGCAGUAAAGAGGGCAGAUGGUGGUCCCCAUGAGGCUGUUAUUUGGUUGGCGGUGCAGCAUAUGCAGAAGAAAGCCCUGGAGCUGUUCUCACGGGAAAUAGCACCUGCUGGCACAGGAAUGGCACCAGGUCUCACUGGAAUUGUUGGAGGAAGACCCAAAGUAUCUCCCAUUCUGAAGCCAUUCUUCUUCCUGUAUCCAAAAAAGGACAUCACGAUUGAUGUAUUUCUGAAUGGAAAGCUUAUGGAAACAUUUAAGGAGGACUGUGACAACCCUGCCUCAGCCUCUUCGGAGGGAGAUGUAGAACAACAAGAGGACGACCUUAAAGACCUACCCAUUGGUUCUAACUGGUACAGACUAGAAGAGCUGGCUUAUGCUCGAAGUGGUGACAAAGGGAAUUCUGCCAAUAUUGGCAUCAUCGCUCGACAUCCCUUGUAUUAUCCAUACCUGAAGAAAAUCUUGACUGCUAAGACUGUGGAGGAAUAUUUUCAGCAUCUUAUAGAGAAAGAAAAUCCUGACUUCCAGAUGGUAACCAGAUUUGAGCUUCCAGGAAUCCACGGCUUAAAUUUUGUUCUCAAGAAUUCUCUGGGAGGUGGGGGUGUUGCAUCUUUGAGAAGCGACCCGCAGGGCAAAGCAUAUGCGCAGAUGCUUUUGGAUUUCCGGGUGAGGGACGUGCCGGAUCUCAAGACUCUGAUAGAUUAAAGAGUCGCUGUGCCAUGUGUUUGCAGACAGGCUCCGUCAGCACUGACCGCUCCAUCGCCAGGCUCUUAAGAGGAUUCCAGCUUUGGGAAGAGAGNAAAAAAAAUUGUACACAAACCAAUGUCUGUCAUUGCUUCCGCACAUGGGGAAAAUACUACGUGACUUUGGAAGAAUUGCAAAAUAUUGCCUUUAAAUCUGCUGCUGACUUUAUUUGUUUUAAAAAAGUACUAAAAGUGGCUGUUAACUGCUAUUGUAUAUGUGAAAUAUAAACUAAGUUUCUAGUGAAUCAUAGUAAUUAACCAGAAAAUGCAUUAGCAAUAAAUUUAUAUCUGAUUUACCCUCAUAGGGAGAGAUGGUCAGUUUGUGUAACAGACACUUGCUGAAAUCCCAGUGCAUUAAUUAAACUAUAGUACUACGUUCUCUUCAACAUGUUGGUAAAUGGUGAGAAAGGACUGAAUGUUUGUUUCUCUUUGCAUCGUGAGUCCUGUUUUAUUUUUAUGUUGACUAGUCCAGGAGUUCUCAUCUCUGAACAAAGAGGCAAGAGAUUUACUGCGUAAAAAUGUCAUGCUCUUUUAAGUUCUGACGAAAGGUCAUCGAUUGGAAACGUUAACUCACUUUCCUCUCUCCAUGGAUGCUGCCUGACUUCCUGAGUAUUCCCAGCAACUUUGUUUUUUAUUUUUAUUUCAGAUUUCUAGCAUCUGCAGUAUUUUGCCUUAUGCUCCUUACAAUUGCAUUUCUACCUAACAGGAGACCUCAUGUUAAUUCCGUCAAACAGUGCAAUCUCAGGCUUAAUUUUGAAUUGUUAAUUUCUCUGUAUGUUUCUCUAAUACCUCAAUCUGUUAAUCUACACCUUUUUAAAAAAACGAAUGAGUCUAUUGAGGGAAUGUUAUUACUGAAUGUUAUUAAUAUUCACUUUGUGAAAGGCAAGGUAUUUUUUUACUGGGUCCUGUAUAAGUCCCAACACUGUGUAAACAAGUGCCAUUCAUGUCACACACCCGUGCCUUCUAAUACGAUUGAAUCGACUUCUAGGCAUAUCAGGUCGGUGUCCUUUUAAUAAACACAAUUUGAUCAAGAAA